UUUACUUAUUUUGAGUUAGUAAUGUUUUUCGUUGUGUGGAGUAGAAUUCUACUGAUCUAAAAUGUGUCCUGUUCAUGCAGUCAUCCUUCUGUACAUUUGUUCCUUCAUUUCGUUGAUUAAUCAAGGGCAGUCGGCCGGCCCCUCGGAAAUGAAAAACUCUGAAGCAAGUUUUAAAUGGAACCCUCGUGGUUACGUAUUUUACUGCCCUUGCAUGGGAAGAUUUGGAAACCAGGCCGAACAUUUUCUGGGAGCAUUAGCAUUUGCAAAGGCUCUUGACAGGACAUUAAUUCUUCCACCUUGGAGAACAUAUAAAAAUGUACCUUUUUCUGACUUUUUCCAAGUGGAACCCCUUCAAACUUAUCAUAGGGUUAUUUUAGCAGAGGAUUUUAUGAAGCACUUAGCUCCCACUCACUGGCCAAAAGGAACAAGGCGUGGCUACUGCUGGUUACCUCCUAGAUCUGAUAGGAAAUGCAUUAUGAAGGAGGGAAAUCCAUUCAAACCAUUCUGGGAUGAACUAGAAGUGGACUUUGAUGAGAAAAUUGUCUAUCAUCUUGGAAUUCAUUUACAAGAUCCUUAUGAGAGGGAACAAUGGCAAACAAAAUUUCCACCAUCCAGUCAUCCAGUUCUUGCAUUUAGAGGAGCUCCAGCUAGUUUUCCAGUUGAAGAGCAGAAUCGUCAAGCGCAUGCUUUUUUGAAGUGGUCACAAAAGAUCAACAGUGAAGUGGAUGAGUAUAUACAGAACAAUUUGCCAAAAGGGCCAUUUGUUGGAAUUCAUCUGCGUAAUGGAAUUGACUGGAGAAAUGCUUGUGAGCAUGUGGAAGGUAUGCCUCAGUACAUGGCAUCACCACAGUGUCUGGGUUAUUCACGAUACAGAACUGUUACAAAAGAGCUCUGCUUUCCACCCAAACAAGAUAUCCUUAACCGCACUGAAGAGGCUGUGAGAAGAUUUAAAGCCAAGGCUGUGUUUGUGGCCACUGAUAGUGAUCCAAUGACAGAUGAAUUGAAGUUUAGACUUAAAGGACUGAAUGUUCAGAUUUUCCACCUCAAUCCUUGGUUGCCGCAGAUAGAUCUUGCUAUUCUUGGUAGAGCUGACUUUUUCAUUGGAAACUGCGUGUCUUCAUUUUCCUCGUUUGUUAAACGUGAAAGAGACUCUAAUGGAAAACCCUCUACAUUCUGGGCUUUUGAUGAUUGAUAAACUUGGUGUAACAGCAUACCAGCACAAGAGUAGUAUCAUAGCAGAGGACAGAAUACGGAAAAUAGAGUUCAACAGUGAUCUGAAGCCAGGCACCAAGGAUUCAAGGCUUAAGUCUUGGAACACAAUGAUGGCGUGUGCCUCAAGAACACACCUGAAGCACAAAAACAGGUGACAAUUCUGAAACAUGAAAAGGUGCCAUGGGGCACAUAGAUGUACUGUGUGUAGCUUUUUACCUUUAUCUUCAAAUUGCUACAUAAGCAGAAGAGAGCCCAUGGUUUAACUUGAGAAGGAAUAGUUUAGAUCUCAGAAGAUUAACAAUUGUAUACUUGAAGUUGUCGGGUUAUGUCUUAACCAAAACCAGGUGCUCAUUUGAACUUAGACCUCCAAUGCAGGAAAAAGUGCUUAAAUAAGUUGCCAUUCACUUCAAUUUUGCAUCUGAUUAAUUGAAAAGAUGAUGCAGACUAAUCAGAGAGUUUAGAAUGUGAAGAUGAUGUAAUUUCAGUUAACCUUUGGCACCCCAAUGAAAGUAAAGACACUGCUGGUGUUAAUGAGAUGUACUGAAAGUGCCAGAGGUUUGGAGCUUACGUGGGGAUGUGUGCCAGAUCCCAGCUGUAACACACUCAUUAAAAUAAAAUGCAUUCAUUCA